AUGAUGGGAUGCAGAAGGGGUGUUGUGAAGAUUCAUCUGCGUCAGUUAGGCAAGGAUGGCCUGGAGAUUCCCACCAUCGGAUUCGGCCUGAUGAGUAUGAGUGUCGGCUACGGCUCACCAGAGUCCAGCGCCUCAAGCUCCUCGACGGCCGACAUCUACGGCGACUCUGAGGGCGUGGUAGACAAGUGGUUCAAGCUGCACCAUGAGCGCCGAGACGAUAUCUCCCUCGCCACUAAGUUUGGCCUAAAGGUCGAAGGGGCCGGCAUCCUGGCGGACCCGUCACCUGAGCAUUGCCGUGAGAGCAUUGAGCGCAGCCCGAAGCGGUUGAAUGUAGAUUGUGUCGACCUGUACUACAUGCAUCGUGCCGAGGAGAAGGUUGCUAUUGAGAGGACGACGGAUUACUCAACAUCAUGGGAGGGGGAGGGGGGCAAGGCCAAGUACCUAGACCUCUUAGAGGUCUCCUCAGCUACUCUUGGGCGGGCCAACGCCUACAACCCCUGGACACUCGACAUGGAAGACCCAUCGGGCACCAACCUGCUGGACACCUGCGUCGAGCUCGGCGUGUUCAUCUUCGCUUACGCGCUACUGGGAUGCGGCAUCCUGACGGGUCGGUUCCGAUCCGUCGACGACUUUGAGGAGGGUGACGCCCGGCGUGGUAUAACCCACUUCCAGGGCGACAGCUACAAGAAGAACCUCGUCGUCAACAAGCGCAUAUUUGUGAUCCCUGGGGCCCAGAAGAUCAAGUAUCUGGAAAAGAACGUAGGUGCGUCGGCUGUGACGUUGACCAAGGAGGAGCAGCAGGAGUUGAGGAAGCUAGUGCUGGAGGCUAGGGUCGACAGUAAGCAAGAGUUUGGACUUUGUGGACACUGUCCCUCAGGAGAGGCAAUAGUGUGA